GAAUUUGUUGGCAUGCUUUGGAAGAUCAGCCCCCCUUUUUUUUUGUUCAAUAUUAUCAUAAGCUGAAUUCGAGAGAACUUUUCUUUUCCCCGUCGAUAAGAGUCAGAUAAAAUUUUCCAAUGGCAACUACUUCAGCUCCGGUAUAUCCGGCGAACACGCCGAUCCCGUUCGAUCUAUUCGUAUCCAAGAAGCACCGUGCUCUCCCUCGUGGCGUCCUUGGAUUCGCUGAUUCUUCCGGGAACAUCGUUUUCAAGGUCAACCGUCAAGAUUCCAAAUCAUCCUUCUCACAUGCCAAGGCUAUUCUCCUCGAUUCCGCGGGAAAUCCUCUCAUCUCUCUCUACCCUCAUAAUGAUGGGUCUUGGCAAGGUUUCAAGGGUGAUGAUGGUGACAAGAAUCUGAUAUUCAAAGUCCAGAGGGUAUUGACAAAGUUCACGAGAACUGAGCUGGAGGUAUUCCUUGUUUCUGAAAAUCAGGGUCAGGGAGAGUUAACUUGUGAUUUCAAGGUCAUAGGCUGCCAUUUCCAAAGAUCUUGCACCAUCUACAAAGUUGAUUCCAUUGUGGCUCAGACCAGUCUUAUGCACAAACUUCGGAAGAUCUGUGUUAGUAGGAGUAAAUUUCGGCUGACCAUGUUUCCUAGCUUAGAAGAUCCUUCUUUGGUUGUUGCACUUGUGGUAAUAUUCUUGUUUAGUGGCCCCAAGAAAUUCCAAGUUCUGGAUAAAAUACCCAUAUCUAUAUGAAGUUAGAAAAAUAUCUCAAGCAGAGGGAACCUUUGAAAAACCCAAAAAUGGAGGGUGAGGUGGUUAGUUCUCUUUUAGGUAUUUUAUGUGAUGGUGUUGACUGUUUAGUCUCUGGGGAUCAUGCUGAUGAAUUUAAGGAUUAUUUCUCAAAAAUCAGGAUGGAGAGGGAGAUGGCAGCCACGAUGAAAGUGUUUGAUGGUGGUUGGUCGGCCAUAACUGUGGGAGGAUGGGGUGAAAGAACAAAGACAGAAACUUUAUUGAGGAAGGUGAUAUAAAAGCUGUUUCUGCGAACGGAAAUUGUUUCAAUUUCAAUUAAAUGGAUCAUAUAGGCCCUUUAAUUUAUUUCUUUUGGUCUAAAUAAGUCUUUUAUUCAUUGCAAACCAUAGUUAUUGAAGUUUGAGACUGUAAGAAGAGUGUAGUCAACUACGGAGGCAAUAUCCCAUGUUUUGCUUCCCUUUCCAUUGAUGGCUUUGAUUAAUGUUUUCACAGUCUGACUCUAAGAUUACAUUCUGCCAUCUUUUCGCAGCUAUAAGAUUGGGGGAACCUAGCCUUAAAAGCAAGAGCUUCAGCCACUUGUGCUGACAAAGCGAACACCAGUGCAUUGAUUCCGUCAACCAUUUCUCUGUUGCUGUUCCUAGUGACAGCAAUACCACUCAUUUCAGAUUGGUUUAAGAAUGCAGCAUCGCAGUUUGACUUUGAUAACCUGUGGAGGUGGAUUAUACCAUUCUGGAGAGUCAGAGGCGUUUGGCUGAAGCCUGCUCCUUGAGUGAAGUCCUGAUGCCCAAAGAACACCACAUUCCACACCACGGCUCAACUUCCUUCCUUUCGAAUGUCCACCUAUGGCAUGCCUUCUAAAUUCCCCAGCUUUCUGUAGCAUUCGAUUUGUCUAAACUGUCAAGCUGGUAGUUAGAAUUGGCCAAUUUCUUGGUUGAUGAGAAAUACCAGGAAAAUGGAGUUCUCCUUUAUAGGCAAUUUGUUUGUGUUUUUUCUCAAGAGGAAUAUGAAAGUAGAAAAAGGGUGUGAGUUUGCAUUUUUAGUGGUUUAAGGGAAUAUGUGGGGGAGGUUCCAAUUCAAUAAAAAAAAUAAACAAACCUGACUGCUCCCAUUGUUUCACCAAUUGUUUAAAAUGUUCCUUGAAUUUAGAAUAUGAUAUGAUUACUUAUACUUUUUUAUAAGAUAAAUAUAUUUUUCUGGUA